UCCGUUGUUAUGGUUAGUUUUCGCAGCGGCGCGAACACAUGCACACAUAACCGGCCAAGACACACCGGGUGUUUAUAUUUAAAUGUACCAGAAAAAAUAGAGUAAUCGUUUAGUGUACUACGCGGUGACUCGUUGCAAAGUAUGUGGGAACAGCUGAAUUGAGGUUAAGGUUUCUAGACCUGUCUUCUGAAUGUAUAUGUAACGCGAUAGGCGUUUCAUAUUUCGGUUGAUUAUUUGAAAGCUUAGCCGAAGGUUCGAGACAUACAGCGAAAAACGGGUCCGAACGUCAAAUCCCUCCGCAAACGCCCUGGUGACGUCCGGCAGGACGUCGAAACGUCGGAGCUAGCGUACCCCAUGUUUUUUCAACUGCUGUUCGCCAUCACUCGACUCGGGCGGUCACCGCGGAAAAAAAUCGAGUUCGUCUCGCCAUAGAUUGUCGCUACAAGCAAACAUUUAUCUCAGUGUAUGUUAUUAGACGCGCGGUUCUCUCAGUGUACAUAGACCGUUUCAGUUUGUUGUUGUUUCGUUUGUUAUCGGGAAUCGUUGCAAAAUGAAUCGGGCGCAGAAGAAUAAUUUGAAAAAAUUGUCGUUUCUCGGAUUCGCUCAGAAGAAAGAUGGUGGAGCCACAAAAGACGAAGUCCAACUGGACGACGAGUGCGCAAAGGUCUUUGCCAUGGACAACGACAACAACGCCGUUUAUGAUUUUCACGAUGACGAUGUUCACAUUCAGCCGAAAUUCAAUGAAAAAGAUUACGAGCAGCAUCGACAUAAAGGCUAUCCCCAUAUCCACGUGCCCCUCAAAAAGGUGCCAAAGUCGAUGAGACGCCGCAACGUAUCGCAAGAAUCCACCCCCGCGAACACACCCCCCGUGGACACGCCGACCGCCACGGCCUCCCCCACAGCGGAGCAAGCGCCCACAAUUAGCCCCCUAAGUAGCAUACGUUCCAAGUUAGAAGAUACGGAAACUGGACCGCUCAACUCGCCAGUUUUCCAAGAGGAAUCGGAUGUGGCCAGAGACAGCUCAGAAUCUGAGUGCGUCCUUUCUGAUCCGUGCAACUAUCAUCUUGGUGACGACGAUUUUUCGCCGGAUAAGAAGGUGUCAUUUUUGGCUGCCGAGAAUGGGGACACGUUUGACCUUGACGGCUUAAAGAAGAAGAAAAAAAAACAUCACUAUGACCAACACAGGAAAUAUUCGCUGCCGGUCGAAAGCAUGGCUAAAAAGCGCCACCACCAUUACCCGAACAGAGACGGCGCGGAUAAUGGUGCGGGUCACCAAAGAACCAGGAGAGUAUCCACUCAACCCGAAGACGAAGAGCUACGUGGCGCCGACAAAGACCAACUGGACAGUCACAGAUCGGACGAUCCUAGAGGUUUCAGGAGACACAAGACGUCGAGACCUAGUCAGGCAUCGCUUAUGCAUAUCGGCAAAGGGGUAGAACUACACCCUUACUUUAAAAAGUUAUACGACCACAGUCCUCACGCGAUCUUCGUCGAACUCAGCGAGCUUAUCACCACCGAGAUACAAAACGAGAGGGAAUGGAAAGAAACCGCUAGGUGGAUAAAAUAUGAAGAAGACGUCGAGGAAGGCGUCGACAGGUGGGGCAAACCUCACGUCGCCUCGUUGAGUUUCCAUUCGUUGCUGAAUUUGAGAAAAUGCCUCGAGAACGGCGUGGUGAUUUUGGAUUUGGAGGAGAAGGAUUUGCCGGCUAUAGCGUACAGAGUUUCCGAGGACCUGUUCAAAGAAGACCUCGUCAGGGAAGAGGACAAGGCGAGGAUCAUGAGGAUACUGUUGGUCAGGCAUCGCCACGUCAACGAGCAUCACGAGAGGGGUUUUAGGUUUCCGAAGAAACACAGCUACACGUCUUUGCAGUCGAUGUGGUUGGAGCAUAAUAUGGGCUACGAUGCCGCUAUGAUGGCUCGCUGUUCUGUGUGCUCUGCUCAGGGUCGCCUCUGCCUUCCGCAUGCAGUUAAAGAGGGCAGAUCAUUUUCGGUCAUCGGCUUCCCAAACAGCCUCAGCGACACGGAAAAACGCAAAGUCAGCUACCCUGACGCUAACCUAAAGAACGGCGACGCUGAACACAAACUGCUCGCCGCUCACGAGAACCACACCGUGGUCGACAUCAAGGACGAUGCGUAUUCCGCUAGUACCGAGGACGUCAGACGGGCCAGGAACGACGCCAUCUUGAAAAGAAUCCCCGCAGAAGCCCAAGGAGCUAGCGUGCUGGUGGGCGAGAUGGAAUCGCUCGAGCAACCGGCUAUAGCCUUCGUCCGACUAGCCGAAGCUGUGAUCAUCCCAUCUCUUAUCGAAGUUUACAUCCCCGUCAGGUUUAUCUUCAUCCUUUUGGGGCCGAAGAAGGCGGCGAUCGAUUACCACGAGAUCGGCAGAUCGAUAUCGACCCUAAUGGCAAACCAGCAGUUCCACAAUAUCGCAUACAAAGCAGAGAGUCGAAAAGAUUUGCUUUCGGCUAUCAACGAGUUCUUGGACGACAGUAUAGUGCUGCCUCCUGGCGAUUGGGAGCGUCAGGCGUUACUCCCCAUAGAGGAAAUUAAGGCGAAAAGCGACGCGAUCAAGCGUCGUAAAGAAAACGCCCUGAAGAAGGAGCAAGAGGCUCAGGGAAUAACGAAACCCUUGCUGGCCGGAGCGGACGGUGACGGUGACGGGGGAGGAAAGAAACCGCCUCACAACCCGUUGGUGAGGACCAAGAGGCCGUGGGGCGGUCUCAUCAACGACUUGAAGAACCGCUAUCCAUACUACAGGAGUGAUUUUACCGACGCGUUUAAUGCUCAGUGUCUGGCCGCUUCCAUUUUCAUGUACUUCGCCGCCGUAUCCGGAGGCAUCGCUUUCGGUGGUCUCAGUGGUUUGAAAACCGACAACCAGAUCGGGAUUUCGGAGAAUUUGCUGUUCACCAGUAUCGCGGGGAUAAUAUUCGCUUUGCUCGGGGGUCAGCCGCUGAUCAUCAUCGGAACUACGGCUCCGCUGUUGCUUUUUGACGAGAGUCUGCUGCAGUUUUGUCAAGGACAAGGCAUCGAGUUCCUGCCUACGAGGAUCUACAUAGGACUGUGGCUCGCGGUGAUAGGCAUCGUGGUGUCAGCGUUCGAAGGCAGCGUGCUGGUAAAACUCUUCACCCGAUUCACCGAAGACAUUUUCUCCGCCCUUAUAGUCUUGCUUUAUAUCAUCGAGAGCAUCCAAAAAAUCUACGCGGUAUACGAGAAGCACCCGAUACUGCCGACUUACUGCGAUUACGAAGUGACCACCUACAGAAACGCCACUGAUAACGACACCGUCCCGACAGAGCUAGGAACUAAUUUACCGGUCGGUCUGGUGCCGCUGACGACUGUUGUGAAAAUACCGACCCAGGACGCUGAUGGAAACAUCAUAAAUCAGCCGAAUACAGCUUUGUUUUGCACUAUCCUUACACUGUUUACGUUUGCUAUCGCAUAUUAUUUGAAGAUAUUUAGGAACAGUCACUUCUUAGGAAGAUCGGCAAGAAGGGCUCUGGGCGACUUUGGCGUGCCAAUAGCAAUAAUAUGCAAUGUGUUCCUAGAUUUUAUGGUUCCGGAGAUAUACACGGAAAAAUUGAGCGUUCCGGAAGGGCUUUCGCCUUCAAAACCGGAAAUGCGCGGCUGGCUGAUCCCGCCCUUCGGCAUGGAACAGCCGCUGCAAGUUUGGGUGAUGUUCGCAGCCAUUGUACCUGCCAUGUUGGUGUAUAUACUGUUGUUUAUGGAAACCCAUAUCUGCGAACUAAUCUUGAACAAGAAAGAGCGAAAAUUGAAAAAGGGAGGUGGUUUCCACCUGGACAUCGUCAUUAUCUGCAUAACGAACAUCCUGGCCGGUUUCUUUGGUUUCACGUGGAUGUGCGCCGCCACGGUACGUUCGAUUGCGCACGCGUCAGCACUGACGGUGAUGUCGCGCACACACGCGCCUGGUGAAAAACCGCACCUGGUCGAAAUCAAGGAGCAAAGGCUCAGCUCGCUUUUGGUCUCGAUUUUGGUGGGCUUGUCGGUAUUUAUGUCGCCGUUGCUGAGGAUGAUGCCAAUGGCCGUUUUAUUUGGUAUCUUUUUGUAUAUGGGCGUGGCGUCCACCGAUGGUAUACAGCUAUUCGACAGGAUGUGGAUGUGUCUUAUGCCGGUCAAACACCAUCCCCAGGUCUCUUAUGUUCGAAAGGUUCGAACGGCCAAGAUGCAUCUGUUCACCUGCAUCCAGGUGGCUUGUUUGGUCGUCUUGUGGAUAGUCAAGUCCACCAAGGCGUCUUUGGCUUUCCCGUUUUUCCUUAUUCUGAUGAUACCGGUGAGGGAUCAAAUGAAACGCCUUUUCACGCAAAGGGAACUGCGAUUGCUUGAUGGGGACCAAGUGGAUGUGGAUGAUGAUGAGCCCGAUUUCUAUGCUGAGGCUCCACUACCGGGAUAGAUUAUUUCCUAAAUUCCCCUGUAGAUUGUACAUAGAAAGUGUGGCAUAUAGGUGGGGUUUCAAAUUUUUCAAAGCCACCGAACCAGAAAAAAAAAACGUUCGGCUGGGCAAGAAACACCUCUUAAGUUAAAUAGGAAUUCAGUAUUAAUUACUUAAUGUUAUAAUAAUAGCAAUUUGGUUAGAAAGGCCAAUUAGAAAUAGUAACGGCUUAGCCGCGACUACCCAACUUCGUAAUAUUAAUUUGUAAUGCUUAAUAACUUCCAUUCCUUGUUAAAAUAAAUUCAUCAAAUUUCUGGGUUUUUAAGAAACCAAAAUUAGCAAGAGCAAUUCCGUCUCCUAUUGAAAUUGUUGAAAUGUUUUGGUAAUUCGGAGACGUUAAAUGGUUUUAGUUUAUAUUUAUGAAUUAAGAACUGUAUAUAAUUGUCGUCAUUUGUAACUUUAGAUUUAGAAUUCAAAGUUGGAUAAACGAGGCAUUAGAACUAUUUAUUUUAAUCAAUUUAAUUAUUAAGUCUUUAGGUUCCACUGUGUACUUAAAUUCAGGGAAAAAUUACGGUGUGACUACUUAAAUUGUGUAGAAUGCUACAACUGUUGUACCUACCUAUAACACCUAGAAUUUAUAUGACAUUUAAUUUUGUGACCAAAAAAUGUUGACUUGUUUGUUAUGUUAAAAAUUUGUGAUUACAUUUAUUUUCCUACCCGAGCGGGGAUAGACUGUGAUUACCAAGAAAAAGGCUUGCUUAACUAUGUUUGUGGAAUCAAAGUUUUAUCUGAAAUGUAGUUUUAUACAUAGAGACUUAGCUUUAUCUAGUACCAAGUAAAGAAACAAUGUAGGUACUUGUUUGUUGUAGUCUAGGACAAAACAUCUAUUUUUAGGAGAGAAAAUCACUACUGGUAAAAUUUAUUGUUGUUACUUAAAAAUUACUCUGUGGUGCUCGUUUGAAAUUCUGAGAGCCUCGGAGUUUUCAAAAGCGACAACAUCCAAGUACAUUUCCUGCGUGUUAAAGGGAUUUAUAGAUAUUAGACACUAUUUGAUAAUAGGGAAAAAGAAAUAGUAUUUCUAACUGUGAUUUUAUUAACAGAUGAAUAUGUCUAUUCUAUUUCUAUAAAUAUAUAGGUUUUAACUGAAUUAAAUGGACUAAAAGCAACAUUAAAAUUAUUGCACAGGAAGGAACAAUUUUGAUGGUGUUUUUGUAUUUUAUUUAACAAUCCCCUCACUCCUUAGUAACAAUUUAGCGGAUUUAUUUGAAUGUUUUAUACCUAUAUAAACAAAGUCAAAAUGAAAAGCACAAUUAUUAAACUGUGUCAUUUUUUUAGUACACACAAAACAAUUUUAGCUUGAAUAUGCGAAUGUAUUUUAGGUUGCGUUAUUCGACUUAUAUAGUUUAAUACAUAAGCAAAAAUCUAAUGAAUUUGGUAAAAGCCACUAUGGCAAUAAUUACCAUUA